AAGUCAGUAUCCCUUAUACGGUUAUGAUUGAUCAAGUAGCAAAUAUUGAAAGUAGUACUUCCUAUGUGUUUACUGCUGAAGCCAUUACCUCUGGUGCAGUAAAUGCUGAAUUCAGUACCUCCUACACGGUUAAUGUUCAACCUAAUAGCUCAUAUACGAUCGAUACUGAGACUAACGCUCUCUGCAAAAAUGCAGUUUACGAUGAAGCAACUACUAAGGAGGUUAACAGUAUAGGUAUUAGUAGUGAGAUGCAAUACGAUUUUUCCUUACUAAAACUUGGUUAUACGUUCUCUUCAUGGGAUGACGUUGAAGCUUUUUUUAAAGCUUAUAGUCAGUAUUAUGGGUUUGCUGUUAUUAAAAUAAGGAUUGAACAGUAUAAUGACAGUGUAAUUAGACAUCGAUCUUUUGGAUGUGAGUUUGGAAGAAAAUAUGUAUCUAAGAAGAGUAUCGAUAUUAAUACUCACCACAACCAACAAUCAAAAUGUAAAAGAUGUGAAUGGCAUAUCAAUCUAAGUUUGUCUAAAAAAUCUAAUCACAUUACAGUUACAACAUUUGUAAAUACCCACAACCAUGAACUUGAUCCUGAAAAGU